ACAAAACUUUAUUGACGACAACAACAGCGGCUGCCCAGGUGCUCACAAGUUACAACUUUGACAGCCGCACCACUUUGUUCCUUUUCAACGUUCAUAUUGGAGCGCGCAACUGUCGUUUGGAGGCUCGCCUUCGUCGUCGAGCGAGCCAAUUAGCUGGGUUAGCCGUUAGCCGCUAAGCGAGUCCGGGCAACAUUUUGUCAGUGUUUGCCAAUUUCCGUCACUUUUCACAGCAUGCUAACCAGUUCGCUGCUCCGUCGGACAUUCCACAAUUGGAGGACGUUUUCUGUCACAUAUUCCACUCCCAAAAUAUGCUCAAUUCUAGUUGUACUGCGACUAAAAUCUCCCUAGAUGGAGUAAAAGUGCUUCGGAAAUAUUACUUUAACUGCAGAAGAGCUCAUAAGUACCCGUUGCGCGCCAACACCUUGUCGCUACCCCACGAUAACGGAUAAAAUCUGCUUUUGUAGCUGUGUACAAUAAUCCCUGUGACGAUGGAAAAAAUGUCAUGUCAUUAUGCGAGCUGCUCAUCCUCACAAGGGUUGCAGGAAAGCUGGAGCCUAUCCCAGCUAGCUUAGGGCGAAAGGCAGACGAGACCCUGAACUGGUCGCCAGUAUCAUCACUGAGCGGAUCCCACGCUGCCCGCACCAAAGCCAGGCGUGCGUACCACUACACCAUCGGUGACUUAUAGAAAAAUGUAAAAUGAGAGAGCGUGAACACCGACUCGGGAAGGGAAGGGGGGCAGAAAAUGCUGCUGCGGACUUUGUGGGCCAAAGUGGGAUCCCCGCGGAACCCCCUGGCCUCACCUGGUCUUUUUCAACGCCAGUCGCAAGCCGGGCCCCGUUCCCGCUGCGCCGCCCUCCCGGCGAGGUCCUCCUCUACCGCGCCGCACCCCAGGAGGCGCUUUGUGUCGUUUGCCGGCCCGAGCUGCGAGCAGAAGCGUCGCCGCGCAUCAAAUCUGGUCACGUCCGUGUUAAAGCCGACUUUAAAAGCGGCGACGGCGCCUGGCAAAAGAGUUCCGAAGGGACCGAGAACCAAACAGCCGUCGAGGGCCAAUCAGCCGUCCCUGAGUCAGGACACGGACAUGAUGCAGUGCAUGGCCUUCGCCACCGCAGACCAGUACAAUCUGCCCACGCUCGGCGUUGACCUGGCACAGCACGGCUUCCGGGAAGUGGAAUUCCCUCAAGACGCCGCCAACGUGCUGGUGAUCAGUUCGGACGCCAGCGCCAAACCCGACGACGGCUCGCACAUCUUCUUCUUCAGGGAAGGUUCGGUGGUUUUCUGGAACGUGGAGGAGAAAAUGCUGAAGACGGUGUUGAGGAUUUUGGAGCGGCACGAGAGUCAACCGUACGAGGUGGCGCUGGUCCACUGGGAGAACGAAGAGAUCAACUACACGUACGGCGAGGGCAACGCCAAACUGGAGCGGGGCAACUUCCUUUUGAGCAAGCACCCGGAGCCGCACGACGGCGUUCUGGAGAAGUUCGCCUUUUCCAACGCUUUGUGCCUGUCAGUCAAGUUGGCCAUUUGGGAGGUGUCGCUGGACAACUUUGUGGAGUCCAUUCAGUCCAUCCCGGAGACGCUCAAGUCGGGCACGAGAGUGAAGCUGUCGUCGGCGGAGGUCAUGCAGAAGAUCGGCGAGCUCUUCACUUUGAGACAUCGCAUCAAUCUGAGCUCCGACCUCCUGCUCACGCCCGACUUUUACUGGGACCGAGAGAACCUGGAGAAGAUCUACGACAAGACCUGCCAGUUCCUCAGCAUCAACCGCAGGGUCAAGGUUGUCAACGAGAAGCUGGAGCACUGCACUCAGCUGACGGACCUGAUGAGGAGCCACCUGAGCGAAAAGCACAGCUUGCGCUUGGAGUGGAUGAUCGUCAUCCUCAUCACCAUCGAAGUGUUAUUUGAAGUGGUGCGAAUGAUCUUCUAAGCGGCAGCCGCUGCGUGAUUGGCUACUGCGUGAAAAGAGGCGGGUCUUGACGUUGCCGCACAAAUACGCAGGUUUCCCCAAAAUCUGAACACGUGAGGAGAAGGCACCGGUCGGGAACUUUGUGCCAGAGGGGCCAAAUCCCGACGAGGAGCCCAAACCCGUUCGUGGCGCAACGGAGGCGGCAAAUCCACUUUGCCGGACGAGUUCACGAGGUACAAAUUCUGCCGUUGACGCGGAGAGCCGUGAAAUUGACUGCAAAUAUUGCCGGCCUCCACCUAAACUUUGCAUUUGCAGUAUUCAAGUUUUUAUCAUGUCUGUGAUGUGUCAAAACUUGCACGAUGAAAUUAGAAUUCGGAGGUUCCUGUCAACUGUACAGUAUUUAACGUUAAUACGCGCUCAGAAGGGCAAAGGUAAUAUUCAUAUUUCUGUUUCUGUGGACGCCCUUCAAAUUUCAACUUAAAUUUACAUUUUUCAUUAUUUUUCGAGGUAUUGUAUUGCAGUUCUUCUGAAAAAAAAAAAAAAAGUGAUUUUUUUUUUUUCUUUUAAUAUAUAAUCGGUGGUGGGCUAAUUCUAUUUCAUUUUUUGACGUCUAAAUAUAAAAGUGAACUUAUUUUACAAUAAAAUGUUAUCUACCUUUUACCUCAUAAAGAUGAUUUAUGUAGCAAAUGAAAAUAUUGACUUUGUCCAGUUGUAACUAAAAUCUGUAGUUUCAACAAAUGGCUGAGAUGUCACUUAACGAUGAAGUCAAAUAAAAGGAAUUAUGAUGAAUCAC